GUGUCAUGUGCUGUAUUUUCUGAAUGACUCUCACUUUCUCUCCACAGGAUUCAAGAUGCUGAAGUGCGUCUUCCCUUUCAUGUCACUUCUUUUUUUAUUCCCCCUCUGCUGCUCCCCUGGGUCAUUCCAUGGGAAAAGAAACUUUUCCUGCAGUCCUGAGAGGAAUCCAGCUAUUUUAGGAAGUGGCGUCAUUGUGCUGAGCUGCGGCCCACAGACUCUCCCUUGUUUCCAUCAUCCACUUUUCCUUUUUUCCCCCUCUUUACUUGUUGCACUGAGACGUAGUGCUGCAGGCUUCCUGCUCUGAAACCCUCGUGUUGUACAGAUGCAGGAGGGAACAUAGAGCUGCGCGUCUUGUCCUCGUGCCGGCAGCAGACAGAGCAGAACCAAGGCGGACCAGCCGCACAACCUGCUGCGAGAACGUCAGCGAGGUUCGGGCGUCACACGGCUGCUGCGUGACAUUGCAGCGCCGCUUCCCGUCGCUGUCCCCUUCAGGCGCGAGUCACGAGAGGAUGAAGGAGGGAGAGGACGCGUCCAGAGCCACAGGUAUUCAUCUGGGACCGGAUGAAAGGAAACACGGGGACGUUUGCGUGGAAAUGGCUCGUGACUGCAUUCUCAGCCUCAUGUGACUGUAAACACGCUGCGUGGCCGUGUUUGCAACUAUGGCACCGUAAACAAGUCGUCUGAUAACCUUGAGCUCGUGCCACCGCAGUGAGAGCGUGCACGCACGUCAGCGCGGGGAGGGCGAAGCCUGCUUAAAAUGCAGUGAAUGUGACAGUCGAGCUCCAGUCCAGACUACAGCGGCGCGUGGUCGGGAAAGGUGAGCACGAACAUGGCACCGGCGGCUCACCCGCAGACGUGACGCCCACGCGCAGACAAACAGAUCAGCACGCGCAGCGGCGCUCAGCUGGGUCCCAAGUACGCGCGCGCGAGGCGGAGGGGCAACAGAGAGGACUCCGGCGCGAGGAGCGUCGCCCUUGUCUGGGGGGGAAAGAUGACAGUGGUGCCCGGGGAGAACCUGGAUGAGACUGUGGCACUCGCCGCGCUGUCAGCCCAGGAUGUGUACGACCCGGAGCGCGCCGAGAGCCAGGAGUGCUGCGAGCGCGUGGUCAUUAACAUCUCCGGGCUGCGCUUCGAGACGCAGCUGAAGACGCUCGCGCAGUUCCCCUCCACUCUGCUGGGGGACCCGCGCAAGAGGAUGCGCUUCUUCGACCCGCUGAGGAACGAGUACUUCUUCGAUAGGAACCGACCCAGCUUCGAUGCCAUCCUCUACUACUACCAGUCCGGGGGCAGGCUGCGGAGACCCGUCAACGUGCCAGUGGACAUUUUCAUGGAGGAGAUUAAAUUUUACGAACUGGGAGAGGAGGUGAUUGAGAAUUUCAAAGAGGACGAGGGCUUCAUCAAGGAGGAAGAGCGCCCGUUGCCGGAGAACGAGUUCCAGCGGCAGGUUUGGCUCCUGUUCGAGUACCCGGAGAGCUCGGGACCCGCCAGGGGCAUCGCCAUCGUGUCCGUGCUGGUUAUUCUCAUCUCCAUUGUGAUUUUCUGCUUGGAGACUUUGCCCGAGUUCCGAGAAGAAGCCCGGACGUUCGACGAGCAGCUGGCGGUGAACGCGACCGCGCGCGCCAAGAAGCCGAACCCGUUCACGGACCCGUUCUUCAUCGUGGAGACGCUGUGCAUCAUCUGGUUCUCGUUCGAGCUGCUGGUCCGGUUCCUCGCCUGCCCGAGCAAGCCCGCGUUCUUCAAGAACAUCAUGAACACCAUCGACAUCGUGGCCAUCAUGCCCUACUUCAUCACGCUGGGGCUGGAGUUGGCGGAGCACCAGGGCAACGGGCAGCAGGCCAUGUCCCUGGCCAUCCUCCGGGUCAUCCGCCUGGUCCGGGUCUUCAGGAUCUUCAAACUCUCCAGACACUCCAAGGGGCUGCAGAUCCUCGGGAAGACCCUGCAGGCGAGCAUGCGGGAGCUGGGUCUGCUGAUUUUCUUCCUCUUCAUCGGCGUCAUCCUCUUCUCCAGCGCCGUCUACUUCGCAGAGACCGACGACCCGGAAUCUGGGUUCAACAGCAUCCCGGACGCGUUCUGGUGGGCCGUGGUGUCCAUGACCACGGUGGGCUACGGGGACAUGUGUCCGGUCACCAUCGGGGGGAAGAUCGUGGGCUCCCUGUGCGCCAUCGCCGGGGUGUUGACCAUCGCGCUGCCGGUGCCCGUCAUUGUCUCCAACUUCAACUACUUCUACCACCGGGAGACGGAGCACGAGGAGCAGUUCCAGUACACGCACGUGACCUGCGGCCAGCAGCAGCCGCCGUCGUUCGGGGACUUCAAGAGGAGCGACAGCAAACCGUCCCUGACCAAGUCCGACUACCUGGACAGCGACGACGCGGACUCCAUCAAAUACACCAACUGCAGCCCGCACAAAACCUACACCGGGAAACUCACCGACGUAUGAGCACGAGCGACGCGCUGAGAGUCACUCCCAACAUCCCGCUCUGCUGCGGCUGAGACUGGGGAGCUCCUCAUUCCUCCAUCCAGGAAUCAUCUCCAUCGCCACACUGGAUGCGUCCUGGGUCUUCCACGCUUAGACGUGAUCAGCCUAUAAUUGUAGCACUUUAUUGUUUCUAAUAUAACUCUUAGGGGUUCUCUUAGUAAAUACGUAAGUUAUUGCCCUACUGAUGCAGGUUUACGUUUACAUCAGCCCGACACAGGACCAACUUCAUCUACAUUUACAGACUGAGGCACGUGGCGCCUGUUGUUAUUGUGCUCCCACUCACGCGCACCUGUUAUUUCACCCUGACGAAAUUUCCACCAGGGUGCAUGCAACUCGGUGGUGGAUCAGGUCACGCGCAGCAGGAUGGAAGCAUAAUUUUUCCAGAAAUGUAAGGACUUGGAUUCCAGGUGUGCCUGAAUUCAGAGUAGGCUUCCACGCAGAGACUUCAGGAUCCGUGAUCCUCCACAGCAGCGUCAGUGAAACCAGGUGUCGCUUUUUAUGAUCCAACAGCGCCCCCGUGUGGAGCAACAGAGACGCUGCUUCUCUCUGGUGGAUGCAGUUUCUAUAGCAACCUUCCAGACUUUUCUGUAUUGUCUGCCACAGGAAUAAAAGGAGGCAGGCUGACAGUGAAGAGAGGAGGCUCUGUGAGGACAGAACCACCAUGCCGCGGAAGCCUCCAUGUUGUUUGGUUUCACCAAAGCCAGGGACUGAGCUGUCACAGAGAAACUCACCUAUGACCAUCUGUUAUUACAGGCUUCAGCAACAAAGACCUGAAACUAAAGACAGUUUCUUAUUUGGCGUAUAAAAUACUAAAACUUUGUCAGAAGCAAAACAGGGAAAAACCGAUGAGCGUGUCUGGUUACUACAUCCUACAUUCAGGCCUUUGAAUCAGUUAAUCCCAAACUAAAAUAUGUACAGCUUCUUAAAUUGGACCAAUUUCAGCAGAAAUUACAGUUACAGUUUACUUAAAUGAAGCAAUAUGACUGAAAGCGCCCAAACCAUGUGCACCUGGAUUAGUACAAAUGCCACUUAAAUCAUCAUGACUCUAAAAUCCAAACCUAAGCCCUGUGACCUUUAGAUUAACUUUGAAUGCCACUAAUUAAGCAGAUUAUCAUGUUUAACUCCAGGCUGUCAGGUAGAGAUGCUUUCUUUUAACACUGGGUUGACACAGGUCUACUCUAAAACGUCAGACAUGUAGAGUCAAAUGAGGAUUUAUACAUCUGACUGUGAACCUGCUGACGACAUCUGCUCGAUGUGAGGCUCCAUGACCAGCUCUGUGCUGCAGCACCUCCCUCAUCUGGACUCACACCUGAUGGAGAGAGGAGUUUGACAAGGAACUGACUAAAACUGUCCACAGUCACGACUGACACGUCCAUCCGUUGGAUCAUUACCCGAUUGUUACCUUGGAGACGGCCGGAUGAGUCUUCAGCUCAGAAGACCGCUAAAUCCAGCUCCAGUGUCACGGUCCAAACUGAGGGAAGACCUGCUCAGCUCAUCCCUUCACUGAAGCCAACUCUGGAUAUAAACUCUGCUUCCAUCACAGGAGCAGGUCCGGACCGGACUCGCAGGUACCACCAACAUUACUUGAAUCCUGGCUCCACAUAUUGUUGAUGUUCUUCGGACGACUGCUGUGAAGAGACUCGUGCGUCCUGUCUGUUCAUUACGUAAUCCAACCAAACCAUGCGCUGCAAGCUUGGGACGUGGAGCAUGUGAGCAGAGGAGCGAGCCGUGUGUGGACAGCCAGCCCACCCGACAUCAGGCUCAUUCACACCAUCCUGGUCUGGAGUCUGUUCUGAAGCUCUAUUUUUUACCCUAUCAUAUGUUUUCUAUGCAGAGGAACAGGCCGGCCUUGCAGAUUAUUUUGUAGGUUUUUAACAUUUUUAUUAAUGGCUUCUUUCUUUUCAUAUUUGCCUUGGUGCACGAAGCAGCGUGGGCGGCUCCGACCAGAACAAAGAUGUCCGCCAACAGGUCUUCUGUGUCACUGUCUGAAUGUCUGAGCAGGAAAACAUCUGAGUGUCUCUGCUUGUGUUUGGGUUGUGGAUCACAAUGCUGUAAUACGUUCUGUCAGUAGCAUCUACCUCAGCGUCCGCUCAUAAACCACAGGACAUGUGGGAUCCGUCCAUUAUCUGCCAUCAGUUAUUAAUGCGUCUCUGUCUGGUGCCGUGUAAUAAAGCAAACGUUAAGUGCACAACGUCCUAAAGAAGAAAUCACCAACGUGGAGGAGCUGGAGUCACGGCGCAUCCACCAUCAGCAUUCAGGAUGUGGCUCCAUAUUCACCAGGCACCGCAUGGUUUCAUCCACAUCCAUGAAGCCUUCAAACGUCCGGGGCCUCGUCUCCACGACGUCACAGCAGCAGAGACGUUUCAACAAACACUAAGCUACCGGCUGUAAUUGUGCUUAGCUCACAUUGAAUCUGUCGUUUCUGUGACACAGGCUCCAAUGAGCUGAUUAAUGUCCUGCUUACUGUAUGUGCACUAAUUAGCAUCAAUGUUAAUGAAGCCCUGAUGUCUGGUCAGCGUUCAUCUCCACUAUCAGACGUGUCGUCCUCAUAAGUGAAAAAAAGCAAUAGUGUGAGUCGAUGCAGUUUAAUGUUUCAUUUGUUAUUUAAAACAAAAAGAGUUUCGGACGAAGCGGAUCACGUCUGACGUCCUCCUGUUUUGUGACAUGAACAUCUUUAUGAUGAUUAGAAUGGACAACAGAACGGCUGCAGUAGAUGAGUGACGAGGGCUCAGGGCGGAUCCCAGGACCUCACAUUAAAUCUACAUAAAGCGUUUGGACGCUUUCAGCUAAAACUGUAACAUCUGAAGAUUUAAAUCUGUGAAAUCUGUGUCAUGAAAACAGCAAAACGCUACUAAAACUGUUAGUGAGGUUUGUUCCCCUCGAGGACGGCCGGUAAUGAUUUAUCACGCUGAUCAUCUUCAGUGAUGAGUUUAAGCUGUUACGGCUCUGAUCUCUGAUGAUCACUUGAAUCCAUUAUGGGCUGGCGCAUCGCAGCUACAGGUGGAUGAUGUGUUGACCCGCUUUAAACCUCAUGUCUAUGCACAGAGGAGCUGAGUGUUUAACAGGAAGUGAGCAGGCGGGCGGCACACGGACCCCACUUUAAACGCGUCACUCACAGAAUUACAGUUCUUCGUCAACAAGCAAUAAUUCAUGAAGCUCCGUGACCUGUGACUCUUCAUCCGCGUGCGUCAUGCGUUGACAGUGCCUUAAUGCAUCCUACAUCAGCACGGGACGUAAGAGGAGUGAACAAACGAAUGUAGUGACCAUUUUUAGUCUUCCUGCUCCGUGUCGGACUGACGUCUCCCCGCAAGCUCAGAGCAGCUGUAAACCAGAACCUGUCUCUGUGUUGCUUCUGGGCUGAUCUUCACGUUAAAUCAAACCACCGUGGGUUCCUGUGGUUACUCUGACGGUCUCCUGUCUCACUGUGUUUUACGUAUCGCAGCCUGUUCUCCAGCGUGGGUCAGUGUGUGUUAGAACACAAUCCAACUCCAGAGUCUUCUAUGCACUGAAGUCAGAAGAUCCACCACCAAUGGAGCCAGGCUCUCUGUCCAUCUGCAUCUUACUCCUUAGGACCUUGGUGAUGUUUCAUCCUCUGAUGAAGCCACUGGACCUAAAAUGGUCCUGGCCGUAACAUUUGAUCUAAAAACAGAACUUGAUAUGAAGUUCCCAUUCAUUUGUUUGAUAUUUAAAAAGUAAGCACAUGGUGAAGGUCCGUGUUUCCUCUUAAACUGUUCUGUGUGAGGAGUGUAGUUAGACAUAGAGCGUCCUUAGACAACUAGCGCACAAGUGUAACUAAUGAAAUGUGUCUCCAUGUGUUCCAGCUAAAUGUGUGUCUCAGUGUGCUUCCUGCUUCUGCCAACAGCUGAUGCGUCUGUGAAGCUCAACGUGUGUCCUCAGUGUUGGAAACCUCAAACCCUAGCUCAGAUUGGUGUGUGUCCUCGUGUGGCAGGUAGAGCUCCAGUCUCAGGCUGGGGACGUAUAUACUGGAUAUGCACAACAUAGUCGUGACUGAGUUUAAUGUGGCCUUUCUUUCCUCCUUAACGUUGUAAAUGAUUUGUACCAUAUGACGUAAUGUAUAUUAAAGUGACAAGGCUUUAUGUUUCUACCACUUCUGUUUAAUAAAGAAAUGAGCUGUGCCGUA